AUGGCCUCCCGCCAAAGACAAUCCGUCAUGCCAGGAACACCCUCCGCCCAAACCCGACCCGGCACCAUCCAGCUCCCAGCGUACGAACCUCCAUCCUACCCCCUAAACCCCGCCGCGCAGCGCAAGCUCGCAAACCUCGAAACCACCUACGCCUUCGCCAAACUUACCAGCCACCUCAACCGCGCAAACGGCAGUGUCACGAAUGCCGCGGGCCUCGUCAACGACCGCUACGCCGAGAAGCAAGACCGCCACCGACGGCGCAAGAGCCGUCGCCAGUCCGAAAACGGGGACGACGAUGGCGCGGACCAUGACACCGAACAGGCGCUGGAAGAGAUGCGGCAGAAGGUGGACAAAAUGACCCAGCGCAUGGAAGAAAGCAUCCGCAAAAUAAUUGACAGCCAGCAAGCCGUCUCCUGCGUCCAAGAAGCCCUCGUCCACGCACGCAGCCAGGCCGCCCAGUCCAUAACCCAAAGCACACAGCGCACGACGCAACGGUCCCAGCGCCGUGCCCGCCCUCCCCGCUCCGACGACGGCACCGACGUCUCAGACCUCGAGGACGACGAAGACUGGGACCCCACCGCACCCGGCGCCACCUCAACCCCGGGGCUUCAAGGUGCCUCCGCACUCUUCAGCGACCGCCUGCAGCGUGGGACCGAGAAAUACAAGGCCCUCCCCCGCGGCGCUCGUUACGCCCAAAACCAGGCCUACGUCUCCUUCCGGCGCCUUGUGCACGAUGCUCAGCACCCCGGCGAAGACGCGCCGCCGCUGCCUGCGCCGCAUACCUGGUUCCCGGAAUCUGGGGCCCCGGCUCCGGGGGUUACGCUAAGGAGCCAAGUUACGCAGGCGGAGGGUGAUAGUGAUGACGAUAUUGCGAUUCAGCGGGAACGGAUCAGCACGAAGUGUCCGCUUACACUCAAGGAGUUCGUCGAUCCGGUCACGAGCCGGAAGUGUCCGCAUACGUUUGAGCGGGAGGCGAUAUUGUCGCUCAUCCGUCAGGCUGGGUCGCUCGACAGGCGGAGGGGGGUGGUGGCGCAUGUGCAGUGUCCCGUCCCUGGCUGCUCGACCUUGCUCACGGCUAAUGAUGUGGCGGUUGAUCAGCUGCUUGUGAGAAAGAUUAGGCGGAUACAGCAGAGCCGGCAGCGAGAAGAUGAGGAUGAGGAGGACGGUGAUGGCAUUGCUGGGGAGGCUGAGUCGAUUGCGAGUGACUCCGCUGAGGACAUUGAUGAUCUUCAGCGCAAGACGCCGCGGAGAGGGAGGAGUGUGAUGCCGAAGGUGGAAAGUAGCGGCGUGGUUAGAAGGGGAAGCGGAGUACCGCCACGGAGCACGGCUACAAUUCUUGAUCUGGGGAGUCCGGAGGAUGAGAUGACUGAAUGA